GGAAAGCCCCAAACCUGUGCACAGAAAAGAGGCCAAGGCUGAGGAAUCAAUUGUGUGUUGUUGUGUACACUCGAACUCUUUUUCAUUUUUGUUGCGAACUUCAACAAGUCGAGGACAUUUUUCCCGUUUCCUAAUAAGCGGUUGUUUGAAAUUGACGAUGGGAAGUCAAGCUCUUCUUGCGUUGGUUGCCAUCCUGACUGUGGCUGCCGUGACUGUGGCGACAAAUCCUGGAGUGAAAGUGAGAAUCACAAAGAGAGGGAUAGAUUAUGCCAACACGGUGGCCCAAGCAGCACUGAACCAGGCACUUAAAACCCUAAAGAUUCCCAAUCAAUCUGGUUCUGGACAUCACUUUGAGUGGUCAUUGUUCAACAUCCAGAACCAAGGAGUCAAUCUCCCGACCAGUCAGAUUUCCUUGGACCCGCCUCACCAUGGCUUAAUCUGGUCCUUGAGAAACCUUGGCCUUUCCUUGAAGGCUGACUGGCGGGUCAAGUACAAGAAAGGAUGGGUCAAAAUCUCUGAUAGUGGCAGUGUCAGCGUGGAUGUCAAAGGGGCCAGUGUCAGUGUCAGCAUCAGCUUUGGUGUGGACAAAACGGGCAGGCCGUCCAUGACCACAGCAUCAUGCAACGCGUAUGUGAGGGACAUAGAUGUCAAGUUCCAUGGAGGUCAGGCCUUCAUCCUUAACUUGUUCCGUGGCACUGUGGAAGACAAGAUCAAGGGUCUCCUGCCCGGCCAGAUCUGUAAAUUAGUCAGUAAAGAGGUCAAUGAAGAUGGAGAAGCGAAGCUGGCCAAACUAAAAGUGACAGUGGAGAUGGCCCACAAAUUCCUGCUGGACUACCGCCUGGUGGCUGCUCCGACGAUUAGCGCAAGCAUCUUUGAGACACAGCACAAGGGGGAAGUCUACUGGAAGGAGGACAUGAAGGAAGCACCGUUUACAACAAAGCCGAUCCCGGAACUGGCUGAUGUGAGCAAAAUGAUGUACGUAUGGCUGACAGAGUACACUGCCAACACUUAUGCCUACGCUGCUCAGACUCACAACUAUCUUGUACGGAACCUGACAGCUCAAGAUCUUCCUCCGGGAAACCGUUCCUUGCUCAACACAACCUGCAGUAAAGGGAUGUGCAUCGGGAAACUCAUCCCUCAGAUCGGCAAGCAGUUCCCCAACUCAGUGGUGAGUGUGCAUGCAGUGUCAACUGCUACGCCAGCUAUUUCCAUCACUCCAAAGGCAGUGGUCCUCUCUGCUCAGGGCAAUGUGGAUGUGUAUGCUACAGAAGCCAACAAGACUUCCGUCUUCCUACUCAGGAUGAAUAUGACUGUUGGACUGACUGUUAAUGCAAGCAUCGUAGACCAACGACUCUCUGGCAAGAUUGUUGAUUACAACUUCGAUGUUGGCAUCCUCAAAUCCAAUGUGGGACAUCUGAAUCCGCGAUCCCUGAACAUCAUCCUGAACUUUGCUAUGGAUCAGGUGGUCAUUCCCAUGUUGAAUGACUUCGGCAAGAAAGGCUUCGACCUGCCAGUAUCUGGGGACAUCAAGUUCGAGUACACGAGCCUGCAGCUUUUAAAUGGUUCCCUGCUGGUUGCAACGGAUGUGAGUCAGACACGGAAAGACUUCAGUCUCAGAUUCCACCCAGAAGCCCUCGAAGCAUAGACUUGUCCUGUCUUUGCUUCAUUUCAGUCAAAGAAAUACUUGGAUGAUGACCAUCAGAACUAUCUAUCUGUCCUGUUAGUGCCUUAGUAGUGUCCUUUGCUUUAUUUAACUCUUUGAGACAGCACUCCUCAAAUUUCCAAUUUACUCCCCACUGAGGCGCAACCUUAUGUGGAGUUUAUUUUUUUAAAUCAUUAGGCGUCUUAAAUGAGGGAAGAAGCAAAAGUGUUUUUAAAAAAUUGUCAUGUGUAUAAACAUGGACCAAAACAAGAAACACUGUCAUCAAGCUUUGUUUUUAUAGAGGUACAUGAAGUUGAAUGAAGAUUUUUGUUUUCUUUUGCUCUUCCAGAUCACAGGAAAUUAAAUUGUAGGGUUCAAAAAGAUUACA